GCCCGGCCCGGCCCGGCCCGGCCCCCUUGGCGCGGUGGGGAGCAGAGCGGCCGGUAGUUCGUCGUGGUUGUUAGCGCUACGGAGUCGCAGAUCUGGCGGACAGCAGAGCCCCCAGUGUCAUGGAGCCGCAGGCACAGGGCCUGUUGGAAACCCAGUCUUUACAGGAAGCAGAUGAUGAUGUGGUCACUGACGUUGAUUUCACCACUAUGAUUUCUGAAGAAGAAAAAGAGGAGUUAAAGAUUGAGCUAGCCAAGCUAGAGGAUGAAAUUUCAACUUUGAGGCAAGUGUUAGCAGCCAAAGAAAAGCACCUGGUUGAAAUUAAACAAAAGCUUGGCGUAAGUCUGAUGAAUGAGCUGAAACAGAACUUUAGCAAAAGCUGGCAUGAUGUGCAGACAACUUCUGCUUUUACACAGUGUGAAGAACCUGCAGCAGAAAGUUACAAGAAAACACAUGAGACCCUGAGCCAUGCAGGACAAAAAGCAACAGCAGCUAUCAGCAAUGUAGGAACUGCUAUCAGCAAGAAGUUUGGAGAUAUGAGAUCACAUUCGAUUAGUUACUCUAUUCGCCAUUCCAUAAGCAUGCCUGCAAUGAGGAAUUCUCCAACUUUCAAAUCGUUUGAGGAGAAGGUUGAGACCACUGUCACAAGCCUUAAGACCAAGGUUGGUGGGACAAGCAACACAGGGGGCAGUUUUGAAGAAGUUCUCAGCUCUACAGCCCAUGCCAGCGCUCAGAGCUCUCUUGCUGGCACCCGAGUUCCUGAGAGUGAAGAAGAGCUUCAGUGUUAGACUGCAGCGCUCCUGAGCCUCACAGGCCUCUCUGAAGAGACUUGCCCAGCCAGUGAGUUUCAGACCUCUCCCACCACCCAACUUGUGCAACCAGGUUUUGUCAGUUGCCUUCCUGGCCUUGCACUGGAGAAACUUUUCCUGUUUGUAUUUUUGAUGGGCCAUUUUAUCAUCAGGUACUUUGUACACCAUAGAAACCACAUGCAAGUCACUGACUGAAAUGCUCUAAAUACUACGUUAUGUGACCAAAAGAGUUUUCAUUUAACUUCCCUCCAACGCUCCCCCAGUUUGUUUCUUUAGUUCAGUUUUCUGUUGGUUUCCAACUCCCCUCUCAGUGCCAUAUCAGACAGAUGGACCCAGAGCUGUGCAAUGAUUCCUACUGCCAGCAUGAGUCCCUAUACCAGCCGCCUACCAGGUGUACCACGUGCCCUUUGAUCAGGAGUGUCUGUACAUGGUCUAUUUCCUAACGGAAUUAAAAUCACUUACUGUCACAAAAGGUUUUUUCUCUUUCACUGGUACAGCCUGGUGUUGCCCUCCACCCAUUAGUCAGCAGAGUUGAGGAAGACAGGAGGAGACACCUUAGUAAUUCAUAUGAAAACUGUAUUGAUCACAAGGUGGUCACUGUAACUGGAAAAGCUUCAGUUUUAAAAUUACCAUUGCUUGCUCUCUGGUUUGCUAACACUUGACAGUAUAAAUUAAUUACAGAAGGAGGUGGAGUGGAGGGAACCUCUAAUAUUUUUGCCUCCAUCUCUUCAAAUAAUAAGGGAUUUAUAAGCCUCAGUCAAAACACAGCCUUAAGUGAAAGAAUACAAACCCAACACUUGGCGUAAGAUGUGCCAUAGGUUAGGGCACCCAUGCCUUCGGCCCACGUUCCAGAGCUGCUAGCAUAAAAUUGUUACAACACCCAGGAUGAAUAGGGACUUUACUCUUGGUGUCACAUUUUGUCAUGCUUCACUGCAGGUCAUAAUCCCACCUACCACAUUAUAUCUAUCUGCCUGAUCACCAGAAGCCAGCCAUCUCUCAGCUUUGAUUGAUUCAGCAUGUUUGCUUGCAUCCUUUUAACAUUCUUCCGAAGUGCAGCACACUUGUGACACUCCCUUGCUGUCUAGUGAGCACGUGACAGUCUGCAUGUUGCAUUAUUCGGUUCACCAGACUGAGAUGAGCACAGUAAAGUAUAAACAGGAGGGAAAAGAGUCUGGCUACUUUCAAAAUGGAUGUGGAUUUUUAGCAUAGCCAAAGCUUCAAAUCAGUGUUAGUGAGUGUGAAGUUACAGACUGCUUAAAAUCUUGUGAGAAAAGUUGGCUUUAAGUGAUUUUUUUCCCCGCGUGGCUUUUGUUAUAGUUUAUGCAGAGUUGGAAGUCCUUUUGUAAUGUUCUACGGGACAUAAGUUAACUUUGGAUAUUUAUAUCAAAUGCCUCUUUAGUGUGAUUUUUAGCAUGGAAGCAAAUCUAAUUAGUAUUUUGUAGUUCAGGUUUCUUGUGACAAUUUGCUAGCUUAUUUUAAGUGGGUUUGUGCAUAAACAUGAAUUUAUUUAACUAAAGAAGAUACUCCUGGUCAAUUUUGUGUAAAUUAAGUUAUUGAUAUUCUUAUUAAAAAUAAAUUCUCUCUU